UCUUUCGUUAUUUUGAGUGUAUAUUUUUUAAUUUUAUUACUUUUUUUUAUAUUGAAUUAAAAACAAUUUUUCAAAUUAUUUAAACAUCUAAAGUUUAAAAAUGAAAUUGUCCAUAAUUGUCGCCUCUUCACUGGUUUAUUUCUCGGUAUGUGUUUUCACUCAGGAAUUUAUAGGACCUUUAGAGAAUGUUCUCAAAGAAAAAUUAAAUCUGUCUGCUGAAGAUUUCAUGAAAAAGUGUCAAUCAAAAUCGUUAAUUAUUGUUGAUAAAUUAAUGGCAAGUCGUAGUGGGGCUAAAAUUAUUGGCAAUGCCUUAGCAAACGAUAUUCUUCAUCGUGUACAAUCAUCGACAAUGCCCAAUGAACAAACUUGGAAGAGAGUUGUUAAAGAACGUUGCUCUACAAAUUCGGUGCUUAAAGUUUUGUCCCUAUUGAGUGUCGACACUGUAAAUUUAUGUUUGGAUGACGGUGAAAAAUUAUCUGGUGAUAAAAGAAUCGAUUUUGGUCGUGCACUUACCAGGGGAUAUUGUGUUGCGGCAAAAAAAUUAGCCAAGGAGAAGAGCAAAGCUCAACAUCCAAAAUGAAUUCAUAAUUUUUAUUGAUUAUAAAUUAUAAUAAAUACUGAGAAUACCUUGUUAAUUUUAUUAUUUAAUAAUUUCUAUAUUUCAACUAUAUGCGGUUUGUAUAGAAAACCAAAAUAAAUAAAAAUGAAACAAAA